CCGUCCUUCUUUUGCUCGUGGAACGCGACAAGCCGUGGUAGAAGCCGCGCCUCUCCUCACAUCAAGACUUACAUGCGCACGUCGCCAGAUCACAGCAGGCUGGCAUGGUUCAUGGUCACCAGUUCGAACUUGUCCAAGGCGGCAUGGGGGGUGCUAGAGAAGGGCGGUUCCCAGCUCAUGAUCCGCUCGUACGAGAUCGGCGUGCUCUUCCUCCCAGCCGAUCAGGAUGACAACAAGACGUUCUUUGGUAUUGCCGGACAGAACCGCUUGUCAGACGAACCUUGCACACACGUGCACGUGCCCUUUGAUCUUCCGCCCUCUCCGUACAGUGACGACGAGAAACCUUGGAUGUGGGAUGUACGAUACCUCGAUAAACCGGACACAAAUGGCAAUAUCUGGUCACCUUCCUGAUCCUACUUGGCCUAUGCCACCUCGAUAAACCGGGCACUAAUGACAAUGUCUGGACCCAAGUUGGUCUAUUCUACCUGGAUAUUCCAGACACUAAUGGCAAUUUCUGAUGACCCUCCCGAUUCUACUUGCCUAUGCCACCUGGAUAUACCGAAAUCUUAUGGCAAAAGUUACCCUUCCACACCAGCUGCCAGCUACCUUGAUGAACUUGUUACCUUAGGUGGUAUUAUAAUGGUGUAUAAAAGAAUCAAUUAUUUGUUGUUGUUAUCAUUUACUGAAAGAUUUCCGGUUAAAAUGUCCAUUGAAUGAAAGAUUCCCGGUUAAAAUGUUCAUUUACUGAAAUAUUCCCGGUAUUAAAAUGUUCUUAGCCCUCA